AUGACCAGUGACUCCAAGAAAGCUGCGAAUUUGUCUUCUACUCCAAUAAUCCACAGUGACAUUGAUGUUGGGUACAAGUUGCACACAAUAAACAGCUGUGGACUUGCUAUAGCUACAGACACUUAUGUUCAUAUGUAUAAUCAAGUUGCUCUGAGUGGACUCUCGACUAUUCCUUCCGUUGUAGCUUUCAGUGCUAGACUGCUAUGUGACAAAAUCCCUGGACUAACACGUGGUCAGCGACGAAUCUGUUUUCAAGAUCCAGACCUACUGAUUACUAUUGGAAACGGUAUUAGAAAAGGCAUUAAUGAAUGCCAGCGUCAGUUUCAGGGCCACAGAUGGAACUGUACCAGCAUAGGUAGCAACACUGUGUUCGGUCAUGUGAUUGUGAUAGGCAGUCGAGAAGCAGCCUAUAUGUACGCCAUCAGUUCAGCUGGUGUGACAUAUACAGUAACGAAUGCGUGCAGCCAAGGUACAAUUGGCGGUUGUGGGUGUGGCGUUAGCAGCGAGAGUCUCAGGCACAGAGCAAAUUGGAAGUGGGGUGGAUGUUCUGUUAACAUCAAAUAUGGCAUGAAAGUCGCCCAGAAGUUUCUGAAAUCUCGCGAAGUUGAAGAAGAUGGUCGUUCGUUGAUGAAUCUGCAUAACAACAGGGCUGGUCGAAAGGCAGUCAAACGGAGCUUGUUGACAGAAUGCAAGUGUCAUGGCGUCUCAGGUUCUUGUACCAUUCGCACUUGCUGGAAGACUUUGCACUCGUUCAGCCAUAUUGGUGACUUUUUAAUGAAAAAGUAUCGAAAAUCGAAGAAAGUAGUUCUUUCCCUGAGCGAGAAAAAGGGAUUUUCGCAUUCACUACAUCUACGCGUGCGCAGGUCUAAGAUGUUUGAUUCUAAGCCGAAAUCCAAUGAUCUUGUUUAUUUACAAAGCUCUCCAAACUACUGCGAAACAAAUUUGUCCGUUGGAUCACCUGGGACCGUAGGGCGGCGCUGUAAUCGAACAUCUAAAGAUUACGAUGGAUGCAGCUUGAUGUGCUGUGGACGGGGUUAUAACACCCAUCUGUUUAGACGAACCAGGCAAUGCAACUGUAAAUUCCACUGGUGCUGUGACGUAAGAUGCAACACAUGUAGUGAAAGAUCAGAAAUGUACACGUGUAAGUGA